AUCGGAUUGACUCGAGGCGUUGCUGAUUCUUACAUUCAUUGUAAAGAGCGGUAUAUUGAGGAAAGGUUCUGCUUGAGGGCCAUUUUUUGAUCAUCAGAGCGCAGCUUGCGACGUUUUUGACCGAGGGCCGGAAUAUCCGCCAGCAGUAGAAAGCCGACAGCUCUGAUUGGCUGGCCCAAAAUUCCGUCACGCUCCGCGACGUCAAAGAACCCAACUAUACUCGUCCCGUCGACACCGACGAUGCUACGGACGACUUCUUCGUCGUCUGCAACGUCCAAAACAAUGAUACGCAACUGCUCCAUCUCCUCUACACGCUCUUUUCGACUCCCCCGUUCUUCUUUUGCUCGUGGCGCCAGUACGAGGUCCUUUGCAACGGUCUCCGACCCUCCGGUCAGACGUUAUGGUGGUUUGAAGGAUCAGGACAGAAUAUUCACGAAUCUUUACUGUAAGCAUGACCACGGGUUGAAAGCUGCAAAGUCUCGAGGCGACUGGCACCGAACAAAAGAUGUCCUCCUCAAAGGUGACUCUUGGAUUAUUCAAACUAUCAAAGAUUCUGGUCUACGUGGUCGUGGUGGCGCCGGUUUUCCUUCUGGCUUGAAAUGGAGUUUUAUGAACAAACCCAAUUGGCAGAAUGACAAACGCCCACGGUAUUUGGUCGUCAAUGCCGACGAGGGAGAGCCUGGAACGUGCAAGGACCGAGAAAUCAUGCGUGGUGACCCCCACAAGCUCAUUGAAGGAUGUCUUGUUGCUGGGCGGGGUAUGAACGCAAGUGCGGCAUACAUCUAUAUUCGUGGUGAAUUCUUCCAGGAAGCCUCUCACGUCCAACAAGCUAUCAAUGAAGCAUAUGCAGCUGGACUCCUCGGUAAGGACGCCUGUGGUAGCGGUUACUCUUUCGACGUCUAUCUCCACCGUGGGGCUGGUGCAUACAUUUGUGGUGAAGAGACCGCUUUGAUUGAAUCUCUUGAAGGCAAACAAGGCAAACCCCGUCUCAAGCCUCCUUUCCCUGCCGACGUCGGACUGUUCGGCUGCCCUACGACUGUAGCUAAUGUCGAAACUGUUGCAGUUGCACCCACCAUUUGUCGACGAGGUGCUUCCUGGUUUGCUGGCUUUGGAAGGGAGAGAAAUCAGGGAACGAAGGUGUUCUGUAUAUCUGGACACGUCAACAACCCUUGCGUUGUCGAGGAUGAAAUGAGUAUUCCAUUGAAGGACCUCAUUGAGAAACAUUGCGGAGGCGUCAUUGGUGGCUGGGAUAACCUUCUCGGAAUCAUACCUGGAGGAUGUUCAGUACCCGUAUUACCAAUCGACAAGUGCUCCGAAGUAUUGAUGGACUACGACUCGCUGAAAGAUGCACAGAGUGGAUUGGGUACCGGUGCUGUUAUUGUUAUGAACAAGAGCACAGAUAUUGUCAAGGCGAUUGCACGAUUCGCAUCGUUCUACAAACACGAAUCUUGUGGACAAUGCACCCCAUGCAGAGAGGGAACUACUUGGAUGAUGAACAUGAUGAAUCGUUUCGUUGAGGGUAGAGGUCAUGUUCGGGAGAUUGAUAUGCUUCUGGAGUUGACUAAACAAAUAGAAGGUCGAACAAUUUGUGCUCUCGGUGAUGCCGCUGCUUGGCCGAUCCAGGGUCUCAUGCGUCAUUUCCGCCCUGAGGUGGAAGCAAGGAUUGAACGGUUCAGGAAGGAGCAUGGUACGGUUGCCUUUGGUGGACACCUCAAGUCGGACGUAAAGGACAAGUCAUUGGCACAACCGGACAAUUUGGGAUUCCAGCUACCAGCAUAGAGCGGAAAAUAAUUCUUUGUAGCCUUUUAUUUUACAAUACAAACAUGGCGAGUGUCGCUACUGCCUGAACC